UUUAUGGCUUCCAGGAGACUGGCAGCGGCAUUGCGAUCUCACGCGCGGAUCUUCGAGAAUGUGAGUAGAUUCUCGUCUAAUCACAGGGGAUUCUUCUCGGCCAGCGCCAGAGAGCCAGCAUUCUAUCUCGAUCGCGCAGGAGGGUUUUUUCUGUUCGUGCGGCAUCACACCGAUGGCGCUGUGACGCAGUCGGUGUUUAGCCCCUUCAAAUCCGUGAGGCUGGGGAAGCAAAAGGGGCACCUGUGGCGGACGCGCAAGACACUGUCGCGGGAGACGCAGCUGGUUGUGAGCGAUCUGGUGAGGCACAAGAGCGAGCCGGAGAGGGUGAGCAGCAUCAUCAAGACCAAGGUGUCGCGGCUGCUCAAGCUCGAUCUAUUUGGAGCGCUGCGGGAGCUCCAGCGGCAGCUAGAAGGCGAGCUCGCUCUCAAGGUGUUCUACGAGAUCAAAAAGGAGGAGUGGUACACGCCCGACAUCCUGCAGUACGCAAAGAUGCUGGGCUGCCUCGCGAAGGCAGGGCUGACAUCGCAAGCCGAGAAGCUGUUCGAGGAGAUGCAGAGCGUGGACGGGUUGGAGCCGGAGCUCAACACGUACACGGAGUACCUGCGCUCGCUCAUCUUCUCGAGGCAAGUGGACAAGGUCCAUGCGACGGUGCGCGAGAUGAAAGAGCAGGGGUGUCCGCCCGACUUGGUGGUGUACAAGGUGCUGUGGGUGGGCCUCAACGCGGUGCACAAGCCCAAGGACGCCGAGUUUUACAGGAAUGAAUUGCUCGAGGCCCAGACUCGCAGGCAGCAUGAGCGGCUGCCAGUGGAGGAGAUUGAAGUGUAAGGGCACCCUGUAAUUCGUAGAGCAAACUAUAACUGAAGACAACCUUGUGACAACCGAAGUCACUCUAAGUCAA